UCUACACACGUCGAGUAGAUAUUUUUCUAAGACUCUGAACUUAUUUUCUUGCUUUUUUAGUCACUUUUUACUUAAUUGUGCAAUAGAAAUGUUCCUUUUCAUUUUAAGUUGGGUUUCUACACUAUUUCAAAUCGUAUUCCUCACCUUAGCCUUAGCCUCUGCGUUGUAUUAUCUUGCUGAGCUGGUGGAGGAAUACACUGUUCUUGCAGCUAAAAUCAUCAAAUAUAUUCUGAUAGCAGUUACAGUUGUAUACAUAUGUCUUCUGGUGUUUGAAGGUUUCCCAUGGCUGAUGAUAGCAAUAGGCUUGGUAUCUAAUGGAAUAUAUUCCAUGUUACUGAAAGAUUUUCCCUUCAUUGAUUUGACUUCACCUGUAUUCAUAGCUUCUAUUGCUUCUGUGUUUAUUAAUCAUUACUUGGCAUUCCAACACUUUUCUCAAGUUUGGUAUCCCUUUUCUGAGGUUUUGGCAUAUUUUACCAUCUGCUUAUGGAUAUUGCCUUUUUCUUUUUUUGUCUCACUGUCGGCAAGUGAGAAUGUUCUUCCUACAGCAACAGCAAGUGGACAAGAAAGUGAAGACUCAAGCUAUGAUUACCCUGGACAGAGAUCACACAGACAGCUCAGCAUUCUAGCUUUCUUCAACUUCCUGUUCAGGAAAACUGAAGAAUAUUUACCAACAAGAACCAAGACAUCCAAGUCAUACUGAAUGCAUGCACAACUAACUUACUGCAAGUAUGAUGGAGUAUUAUCAUUACUUAUUGCAUGUCUGUAGUGUGGUUACUGUCCAUGUGAAGCCCAAUCUGAAAUAAUAGCUCUAAAUAUGUAUACUUAAGUCCAUUGAAAUUUUAUUGAAAUAUGACCAAGACUAGUAUUUAUGUACUUACACGCUUUAAAGAUAUAUCAAAUAAGACUUCCUAUCAAAAAAGUGCAAUUGGGCUACCUUUCUUAAUAAUGGAAAAAUUGCUUUUGUAUAAUUUUAAUGUGACAUACUGGAGCUAUAUGGAUGGACUAUCUAUAAGUGUGGACAUAUUCUUAUUGUUAGAGCCUAUGACAUGAUUUUUAACCUUAGCCUUAUGGGUGGAAUUCUUUUAUUGUGAGAGCUCACGGUAUAUACAAUAUUUGGAAUGAGUAGUGCUUUAUUUCGUUAACUCAUAACGCUUUAACAGCCCUGUCAGUUGAAAAUUUAUAAUGAAUAUCAGGCCUGCUGCUAGGACCUUGAAAGAGGAGGUUCGUCUUUCUACCAAUCUUAGUCAAAAAGCUAAAAUAAAGUUAAACAUUAUUUCAUACUCCUACAAAGGUGGAGGGGGAUGUUCAAACCAUCAAAAUACCCCUAGUGACUGGCCUGGAUAUGUAAUGCAUUUUAUAAAUACUGUAUAGUAUGCAGUAUGUGUAAGAACAAGGGCUUGAUGUCUAGCUCUCAUGUCGUAUGAUCUCUGGACAUAAAGUCUGCACAUAAAGCUAAUGGAUGUGUAUAUAACCCCUCUAUCAAAUAGUACUUGUAAAAUAUGUGAUAUUUCUGUUAGACUUUUUCUUGACCAGAACUUCUGCAAGAUAUUCAUUUUACUCAUACAUGCUAUUUACCAUAAAAGUUACCAUCAAACAGGGUCGAUUUAACAUCUCUGCCGUAACCAUUCCUUAACCCUAAGUUGAUAUCUAAGAUUGGAUACUUAUACUGAGCUAUGUAUGAUGUACACCAUUAYGUUUCUAACCUCUAUUAUAUUGACAACUUUAGCAAAUUUGACUGGAAAUUAACUAUCCAUCAUCCCUGUAUUCAUUGAAAUUGUCUGUGAUGAAUGUAGUGGUUCACUGAGUGUCUGCGCACUUCCUUCCUGUACAGGAAUGCUUCAAAAAAUAUGGUUACUGUAAUAGCAUUCCCAAUGUUUUUAACUUCUUCUCUCAAAAUAUUAAAUCUACUUCUGACUCCUCUCACCAGCAGUAAGUCUUGCACUUCGUUCAGUAGGAUUUAAUAAACACAACCAUGAAACACUAUUUAUGAUAGAUUGUUAUUAGAAGWACUAUAAUAUUUGAUUUUAAGAAGAAAAAUCACUAAAAAUAGAGAAAAAUAUCUAUUUAUCAUGUCCGUAUCAAGGAAAUCUUAUCCAGGGUCUCCCUCGCAUCCGUUUUUAGUGUCGGUCGUCACGCAAUGAGAGGGAGGGAGGGAGCUUUGCGUCACGACCAACCCUAAAAACGGAUGCGAGGGAGACUAAUCAGAGACAAGCAUUCGGGCAUGCUUGUAAUGAACAAGGUAUUCAAGUCAAAAAGAAGCAUUUAGGUUGCCCCUAACAACAUUGCAGUUUUCAUGUCUCAAAACUUUUUCUUUUCUCACUCAACUGAGAACCAUAUUAAUAAUAUUGGGKUUUUUUUUGUCCAAAUAAACCUAUUGGGCCAUUAUAAAGAUAUUCAAUGCACUUUAUUUAUUACAGAAAGAGUAAAUUUAGAACAUAUGGUGAAAUUCUCAACUACGCACAUGUGUAUAUGCAUAAAGGAUGCUACRCCCCUGUUUAGUAUAACAUAUGUUUUGUGGUAUAUAUAUUUUCCUAUAGAAUUUUAUUUUCUGUAUCAAAAUACAAAAAGUUAGAAUUUAUUUUAGGAAAAAACCUGAAGAUAGCAUUUUAUUAUUUUAACAAGUAAACCAUUAAAAUGUUGUGGAAAAACUAAAGUUUAUUUGUUAUUGAACUUGUGAAAAUAUUUACCAAAUAUCAUAAAAUAAAAAUUUAAAAAUACAUUAAAACAAUAUCAUAAACGUUUCUUGAGGAAGUAAGCUGUACAGCCAACUAGAAAAGCUUUUCCAAAACCUUUCACCUUUGCACACCUUAUUAUUUUAUCGUUGGAUUUAUUAGUGCAUGUUAAUGAUUUACCAGUGAUUAUGCUCGUAUCACAUAACCGUAAUCGGAUAGUUUGAUUUGGGUGAUAAGUUGAUGUAGCGUGUCGAAGGAAAGUUAAACUAAGAAAGAAGCUCCUUAGAAUAUUAACUAAUUUGCUAUCCGGCCAAGUAGCACAGAGUCUUUACGUGAUUCUAAUAAAUGCAGUGAUUGAAUGAUGGAAUCUCAGUAAGUGAUUUGCUGUUCUAACACGGCCGACCCGGGGAAACUCGAAAGAUUGCCCCAGCCGUAACAGUGCAAUCGGAUACUAGCUGUCUGGUGCGCUUGGAAGUCUACAGAUACUAUGUAGAAAUAUUGUAAACGUCAUUAUCGUUAUUUAAUACUGAAAAUCCUUUAUUAUACGUGCGGCAAUCCUGAACCACACCUGGUUGGAGCAAUAGGACAUGACGUAACAUUGUCACCGGAAAUGGUUCUACAUCAUAAACCCUUUCGAAUGUUAUGUUAUUCGCCUUGUCAAAAUGCCGGGUCGUGAUUGGCUGGUUCGCCGCUGAUAUCCGACCAAACACGAAACUUCCAGCAUAAUCGCUGCUGUGUUUUGAGGCACGAACGACAAAAACAUCACGAUAAAUAUAAGAUCUUUUCAAAGAAGCGAAAUAGAAGACAAGAUGGAAGGGUCUUACCAAAGCACCAAUGAUCAUCUGUUUGAAGAUGAUUUGAUCCGUAUGUGUAUUGAACAGUUACUCGACGAUGAAGAUGARAGGGAGACCUUGUCGAAUGACGAGAUUUUCACCCCACAAAAGUCAAAAAAUCUUCAUUUUAGCACUCCAAACUAUCAAGUGAUCGGCCAACAGCCUCUUAAACAUGGCGUAAUUGGAAGCAAGACGACCUAUUCUACUGGAAAGAGUGGAAAGUUUCAGCGCAAUUCGGCCACAAGCAAGCUGAAUCCAAAUGCCAAGGUGUUUGUUCCCCAAAGUUAUGCCGUGAGGACAUCAUCGUAACAAAGCUACAGCCAUAAUACUCCGUUAUUUAAUGAAAGAUACAUUGUGUAUGUAAAUAUAAGAGGAUAAUGUUUGUAAAUUGCUUGCUUGGCAAGGAGCAAUGUUUGUAAUAUCUUAUUUUAAGAUUAAAGCUUAUAUCAUUCUGCUA